AUCAGGUGCGCACAAGAACGCCGUGAACGAGACGCACCAUGAACGAGAGCGUACGGAAGCGGUGUCCAGAGACAGUUCGAAGUACUGGUUUGCAUGGCCGCAAGCCCCGGCAUCGCUGCUGCCGUGCAACCAAGAUCCAUGGGUCAGAGCCUUGGCAGUGCGCUCAGGAUGCGUCGUUGCCGUCGCGCGAACGCCUCGUCAAAUAGCGCUGCGCUGCAUCGCUGCGCUGAGACGUAUCGGAACGCUAUACGCCAUCGCCGCAACGCGCACACGCACACCCGUCACGCACACAGGUCGACAACAUCCUGCCCACGGGCAACGUCGGCAAGAAGCGAAGAGCUUUUAGUUCGGCGUGCAUCUUCUUCCACGGCGUCGGGUUGUUUGGGGUCGGCGCGUACUAUGUGGCCCAGCCGUCCGAGAGCUUGGCAUUGAUCGCGGACGCCUGGGGCGUGUCGCUCGACGGACCGAAGAAGAAGACGCCGGAGCAGCAGGCCGUGCACGUGCUGGCGAAGAACCUGGUGAUGGUGGCCGCGGUUUACCUCGCGGUCUGGGGCGCGACGUGCAUGACCCUCGCGACCGCCGCGUUACCGCGGACGAAGAAGAUGGUCGCCGCUCUCAACUUGGUGGCGGCCACGGUGACGGCGGUGUGCUCGUCGUUCCACCCCGACGCGGUCGCGUCGUCGGCAUGCUUGGUCGACCGCGCGGCGGGCGUCGGGUGUCUGAAGGUGGCCACGCUGUGGCACGCGCCUUUCGUCGUGCUUGAUGUCUUGGGUAUUGCUUUUGCGGAAGCGGGCCCGCGGCUCGUGCGCAUCAACGACCGGUCCGCAGUACUUUUACAUGGCAAUUUGGCGGAGGAGCUAUACCACGGCAAGGGCACCACUAUUCUCAAAAUCAACUCGCACGCGGACCUGAUGGCGCGCCGACGACGGGGGCAUCAAGAGCGACUAGUCGCGUAA